GUCACAUGCUUAUUGGCUCCUUUAUAUCAGACAAUAGUUACGAAGUACGUGUAAAAUAACUGAGAGCCUGCCAUCUUUAGGGCGGCUCUUUCCGUCGGACGCUUGUCCCUCCCUCGCUUGUCUUCUAUAGCCGACUUUGUGCCUAUAUAAUAUCUUAGACAAAGGCCCUCUCAUUGGUAGGCUGUGCUAAAAUUAGAAAUGGAAGACUGUGCAAUGGAAGCUCGUCAUAUGUUUCCGGAAGCGGAAGAAGAAAAUCUACCUUCGAAAGGAAGUGAAGGCUGCGUUGAUGCAGAGGACAAAGAAGAAGAAGAGGAGAAGCGAGGUGGAGGCGGUGGGAUUCUGAACAAUCUGCUGGGCAACUUGGUUGCUCCGAUGAGUCCAAGAGCGUCAGCAGCUACAACCGAGGCCGCCGGAGAUGAAGAUCACCGACGGGAGUCUUUCCACGAAUUGCCACCGCCACGUGCUGCUCCAGCCGAUGAAGUUGGCCGCGAGGAGAGGGAGGAUGUCGUCGGCGACGAUGAAGGGAGUAGUGGAAUCAUUGACAGCAUCGUCUCUCACUUGCCUAAAUCUCUGCCAGAAGAUGUGGCUCCGACCAAUGAUGAGGCAUCCAUCCUGAUCCAUGCCAUUGUCCAUGAUUGAAGAUUUUAUAAGAAUUCUGCUUUUGUUGUCCCCUGUUUUAUGCGUGGGGUUCAGACAGUUCAUGGUUGCUUGUCCCAACCAGGCAAACCGCUUGACAUUUUUCAAUCCAUUGUAAUUUCGUUUUGGGUUACUUCAUUGUACUCUGUAGGCACAUGGGGUUUGGUUUGAUUUGAUUUUUUCAUUGCGGUUAUGAGUUUUUUUUAUUCGAAAAUCUUUGGUUCAAAAUCGAACUGUUAGCUUGUGUAUUUGCUUCUCAUGUUACAAUAGUACACCAUCCGAAUCCAUGAGCCAAAAUACCUCUUAUCAUAUUUUAAGUCCGGUUUCCAAUUUGAAUGUGUUCACUUGCACUGUUAUCACUUCUUAGAAUGAGUACGAAACUCGAUAGAUGAAAAUUGAAAAUACAGAUGCCAGUCAUUGGAAAAAAGUUAAUUAAAUCUGAAUGUUAUA